GCGAACUUUUGGUGGCGUCCGCGACUGAGGGAGGGGCGGGGCGGGGGAGGGGUGGGCGCUUGACAGCGGGGGGGAGGGGAAGGGAGCCGAGGAAAAGCGGGGGAUGGGAAGCGAGGCAGGAGGGGGAGGGGCCUCGGCGAGCCCAGAAAAACGACAACGCGAGAAAAAUUAGUAUUUUUGCACUUCACAAAUUAAUGACCAUGAGCUCGUUUUUGAUAAACUCCAACUACAUCGAGCCCAAGUUCCCUCCCUUCGAGGAGUACGCGCAGCACAGCGGCCCGGGCGGCGGGGACGGCGGCUACCAGCAGCCCCCCGCGCCCGCACCCCAGCACCUGCCGCCACCGCCCCAGCUCCCCCACGCGGGGGGCGGCCGCGAGCCCCCCGACUCCUACUUCCCGCCACGCGCCGCCCGCGAGCCCCCCUGCCCCGCCGCCUCGCUCUUCCCCGCGCCCGGGCCGGCCGGCGCCGCCUUCCCCUAUGGCUACCGCGGCCGCUGCAGCCCCGGGCAGCCGCCGCAGCCCGAGCAGCCCUCGGCACGCGCCGAGGGCCUGGUCCCGCCGCCCCCGCAGCCCCGCGCGCCCUCCGCCCUGGGCGGCCCCGCAGGAGGCAGCGCCCCCGCGCGCCCGCUGCUCCCGGCCGCCGCGGGCCCGCCCGGCGCGAAGGGCGAGGAGCCCGUGGUGUAUCCCUGGAUGAAGAAGAUCCAUGUCAGCGCCGUCAACCCCAGUUAUAACGGAGGGGAGCCCAAGCGCUCCCGCACCGCCUACACCCGACAGCAGGUCUUGGAGCUGGAGAAGGAGUUUCACUUCAACCGCUACCUGACCCGGCGCCGCCGCAUCGAGAUCGCCCACGCGCUCUGCCUGUCUGAGCGCCAGGUCAAGAUCUGGUUCCAGAACCGGAGGAUGAAGUGGAAGAAAGACCACAAACUGCCCAACACUAAGAUGCGAUCCUCCAACUCUGCCUCGGCCCCUGCAGGCCCACCUGGGAAAGCACAGCCUCCUCAGAGCCCGCACCCUCAUCCCCAUCCUCACCCCGGGGGCUCCACACCCGUUCCUUCCUCCAUAUAAUCGGCUAGACAAGUUGGUCUAGACAAGUUGCUUUCCUUCACCUGCAUUUCUCUUCUCUUCUUCUGCCCCAUUCCCACCCACCACACCCUGUCUGGACCAUCACAGGACAUCCCUCCUCCAAACAAAACCCAACUUGAUGAAAAGGGUUAAAAAAAAAAAAAAAGACUAUACCAGUAAGGCUGGCUUUCACCUAGGAGAGGACAGUGCUCAUAACACUGGCUGCUGGAACAACCUGCUUCCUGAGCAAGGCUGCCAGGUUUGGGUACCUGAGAAAAAGAUCACUUGGCAUGAAACUUUUGAGAUGGUUAAAGGCAGCAGUACAGCCCAUGGUGACUGGGAAUGCGGACCCGUGUAUUUGUUGCAAGCAGAAGGAAACAGACCCUUUCCCCACUUUCCUCAUCUCCCACCCCACCCCCCCCAAGGCAGCUCAUACAAGCUUGCUUUGAACUGAAUACAUGAGUAAACAGUGUGGACUUCAUACGAUUAUUUAAUUUUCAAAAUGUAUGGACCUUGAUGGUAAAUGUGACACAUUAUUUCCCUUUCAUGCACUUAUUUAAAGUAUUGUUGUGGAUAUAUUAUUGACUUAAUCCAAGGCACAAUUUGGGGGGAAGGGGGGGACUGAAAUGCAUUUAGACCCUUGUGCAACUGUACAGAUCGUGGUUUGGCUACAUAGGAAGCCAUGUACUAAGAAUAAACUGUUCAAAAAGCAUUAAAGUUCUAA